AUCAGCCAAGUGCACAAGAGCCGGGACGCAGAGGUUGCCAUGGUGAACCAGAUCCAGCAGAAAUCUGAGGCUGCUGGCAAGAAGCUUGAGGCUGACCUCGCUGAUCUCAAGAACCAGCUGAAGAUGCAAGGGAUGGAGACCCGGAAGGCAAAUGCCAAAUUUGUGUCCAGCAUCGCCGCGCAAGAGAAGCUGAAGACGGAGUUUGAUGCUGAACGGAAGGCAUGGGCCGAAGAGAAUGCCGCAUUGGUGAACCGGGCUGAACAGGCGGAGAAGGCUCUCUCCGAGAAGACCGCCGAGCUCUCCGGCCUAAAGUGCCAAGUGUCCCAGAUGGUGGCCGCAAUCUUCGGUAAGUCGUCUCACCAGCUUUCAUCAAGCUUAGAAUUUUUAUAUCUCAUAAUUCAUCCUUGUCGGCGGUUUAUCUGACUCUGUUAAAC